AUGGCUCUGCGACGCUCCGGGGGCCAGCUCUACAAGGGCAUCUCCCAGGCCAGCUCCCAUCGUCUUGCGCUCCCUCAGAUCGCCAGCCAGAAGCGAUACCUGGCCACCCCAGUCCCUCCCGUCACACAAGAUGCCACCGGCUCCAAGGGCCCGACCGCCAUGGUCUUUCUCAACAUGGGAGGUCCUUCUACUCUCGAUGAAGUCGGUGACUUUCUCAGCCGCCUCUUUGCUGACGGUGACCUGAUCCCCCUCGGCCGGUUACAAAACUACCUUGGCCCUCUCAUCUCCAAGCGACGAACCCCCAAGAUCCAGAAGCAAUACGAUGCCAUCGGUGGAGGAUCCCCCAUUCGAAAGUGGUCCGAGUAUCAGAGCUCUGAGAUGUGCAAGAUCUUGGACAAGAUCUCCCCCGAGACUGCCCCCCAUAAGCCUUAUGUCGCUUUCCGAUAUGCGGAUCCUCUGACCGAGGAGAUGUACACUCAGCUGCUGAAGGACGGAUUUGGUAAUGGCCGUGGCGGCAGGGCCGUCGCAUUCACCCAAUAUCCCCAGUACUCUUGCUCGACAACGGGCAGCAGCUUGAACGAGCUCUGGAAGUGGAGGCACAGACUCGAGGGUAAGACCAACAAGGAGUCUGGAGACGGCAGCAUUACAUGGAGUGUCAUCGACCGCUGGCCAGUCCACAGUGGUCUGGUCGAGGCGUUUGCGCAGAACAUUGAGGCGAAGCUGGCAGAGUAUCCCGAGGAGCGUCGCAAGGACGUCGUCCUGCUCUUUUCUGCGCACAGUCUUCCCAUGUCGGUUGUUAACAGAGGUGAUCCUUACCCCGGUGAGGUCGCGGCCACCGUCUAUGCUGUCAUGCAGCGCCUCAAGUUCUCGAACCCAUACCGGCUAUGCUGGCAGUCCCAGGUUGGACCAUCUGCCUGGCUGGGACCUCAGACCGCAGAUAGUGUGGAGGAGUACAUCGCCAAGGGCCAGACGGACCUUGUCCUUAUCCCCAUCGCCUUCACAUCGGAUCACAUCGAGACUCUUUACGAGCUGGACGAGGAGGUGAUUGGCGAGAGUGGCCAUCGCGAUACCGUCAAGCGAGUAGAGUCUUUGAACGGCAGCCCCGUGUUCAUUCAGGCCCUGGCCGACAUUGCCAAGGCACAUCUCGCCGAGAACCAGGCUUGCUCGGCUCAGAUGGGCCUCCGAUGCCCUGGCUGCAAGAGCGAGAGGUGUGCCGAGUCGAAGCGAUUCUUUGCGAGCCAGCAGGCUGGUCUGGUUUAG